AUUCCAUGGCGUCGCGUAAUAUGCCAGUGAACGUUGUACGUGUGUAUAAAUAUUUAAUACGUUCUCAUAAUACACGUUUUCCUUAAUUGUAUUGUUUGUUUGUUUUUUUAAUUUUCUGUUACAAAAGAUACUUGUGCUGACAGAUUUAGACUUUGUUUUAUUUUUAAACAUUUCUACUUUUAUGAGGCGGGGUCCUCAAGUUACAGAAUUCCCAACUCGUUUGGUGAGCUGUCCCAACUCUCGAGCAGCUGCUGAAGUUUAUACAAGAACAACUUUCAUCGGUUGUUGUUAAACUAUUAAAGUGUAGGAAGAUGCGGUGGAGUAUAGAGUUGUUGAGAGUGUGUGUGGCGUGUUUAUCGUUGUGUGUGUCUGUGAUAAGCGCUUUCUCUCAGUCUCUGGACAGUGAUUUUACCUUUACUCUACCCCCCGGACGCAAAGAGUGCUUCUUCCAGGGUAUGAAGAAAGACGCUUCGCUGGAGAUCGAGUACCAGGUUCUGGAUGGAGCCAGUCUAGAUGUGGACUUCCACUUGCACUCGCCCAGCGGUCACGUCGUAGCCUCCGACUACAGAAAAUCUGACGGGGUUCAUACAGUGGAAACAGAAGAGGGAGACUACAUGUUCUGCUUUGAUAACACAUUCAGUGCUGUUUCUGAGAAAGUCAUCUUCUUUGAGUUGAUUUUGGACAAUAUGGGUGACGGCGAGGAAUCAGAGGACUGGAAAGCAUACGUUCAGGGAGCAGAUCUUCUGGACAUGAAGCUCGAGGAUAUCAUGGACACCAUCAACAGCGUGAGAUCUCGACUGGGAAAGAGUCUUCAGAUCCAGACAUUGCUGAGAGCAUUUGAAGCCCGUGACCGAAACCUGCAAGAGAGCAACUACGAUCGAGUCAACAUGUGGUCGUGCACCAACCUUUUCAUCAUGGUGAUCGUAUCUGGCAUACAGGUCUACUUGCUGCGCAGCCUCUUCAAUGACAAGAGGAAAACAAACACAUAGCCUACCUCUGCUGCUGCUCUUCUCUCUCCCUCUCCAUCCCUUAAUAUUAAUCUCCAUCCUCCGCUUCGUCUCUUCAAAGUGUCCUUGGACUGAUGAUAUUCCUGGAGUCUCUCCUCCACUCUUUCAUCCCUCUUGCCUUGUUCCGAUGAAGACAAUCAUUUUCUGCUUGACACAGCCGAUAAAAUGAGAGAUUGAAGUCGAUCUCUAAACUGCUGCUAUGUGACAGAUCUAACCAGGGACAUGACUUCUUGAUGUUUUAAGGUUUCAAAAUGUGUUCUUAGACUAUCCGAGAACUAAGUUUUGUGUUUUUGUAUGACACCAUGUUUUAUAUUUCACUGUAUCACAGGUAGUUACUGAAAUCUUCUAAGCACUGAUAAGGAUACACUGAUAUGCAGCAGGUUUCAUAUUUUUGUAAUAAAAACUAGCUUAGAAAUUAAACCAUUUUUAAAGCGUUCAUGAGUCAUAUUAAUGAUAAUGUCUGUUUUAAAAGCUUUGUCAUAUGUUACCAAUGGGCACACCCAUCUCCAUGUUUGCUUUACCCAUCUGUUACUGAUAAUCAUGUGAAUUUAAACACACCCAAUACACCGAUGCGGUGACCUCCUUAUUAACACAUUUUGAUGGCGCUAAUUGUUUUGUCCAGGUCCAUUAAUUUAUUGCAAUAUACAUUAAAAAUGAAAUUCAUAACAA